ACAUUCAAUAUAGUGAGCUAAGAAACAACUAGCUAGAGUGAGUGAGUGAGUGAGUGGUUUUCUUGAUGAGCCACAACCCCUAUAUAACCUCACUCCCCCUCACCCCUCUCCUCAAACCAUCCAACCUCACACAGUUCACACAACCACAAGCUUCAAAGCUCCCUACUACUUCUCCUCCUCCUUCUUCUCCGGCGCCGGCGACGAUGACGCUGACGAUCCCGGACGACGUGCGGGCGAAGGCGGAGGUGUACGUCGGCGACGAGGCCGGGCAGGAGAAGACGCGGCUGCUGCUGGAGGAGACGGGGCUCCCCAGCGGCCUCCUCCCUCUCCGCGACAUCAUCGAGUGCGGCUACGUGGAGGAGACCGGGUUCGUGUGGCUGAAGCAGCGGCGGAAGGUGGACCACUUCUUCGCCAAGGCCGGCCGCCACGUCAGCUACGCCGCCGAGGUCUCCGCCGUCGCCGAGAAGGGCCGCCUCCGCAAGAUCACCGGCGUCAAGGCCAAGGAGCUCCUCAUCUGGGUCACCCUCCACGAGAUCGCCGUCGACGACCCCCCCACCGGCAAGCUCACCUGCAAGGCCAUCGGCGGCCUCUCCCGCAGCUUCCCCGUCGACGCCUUCGAGGCCCCCCCGCCGCCGCCCAAGAACCCCUCCCCCGCCGCCGGCGACACCACCAAGGUCGAUGAGGAGAAGAAGAAGGAGGAGGAGGUCGCCGGCGACGCCGCCGCCGCCGCCAUUGACGAGAUCGAGGGGAAGAUGAAGGAGAUGAACAGCAAGGAGGUGCAGGUGCAGGCCGAGGGAGUGGCAGCCAAGAACUGAAGAAGAUCGAUCGAUCGAUAUACACAGAUCAUCAUACAUCUCAUCAUCAUCAUCAGCAGCAGAAGCAGCAGCACGAGAUCUCACUAUCAUAUGGAGAUUCAGAUGAGCUAGUAGCUGAGAUGAUGAGUUAUUAUUAAUUAAUCGUUUUAUUUGGUUCUGAAUAAUCUGCAUCUGCAUGCAUGCACUGCUUUAAAUUAAUUAUUAUUAAGUUGUUACUACUUCUUUUCUUGCUGCUGUUAAACAGAGAGAAAAUGAUAUAUAUAUAUGGAGAGAUCGACGACAUGUAUUAUUAUUGCUAUCAUCAUCUGAUGAGAUUAUAAUAUGAGCAAUGGAAAUAUUAUUUAUUUAAUUA